AAUAUUGGAGUAAAAAAAGCUAUAAUUAUGUCAUUACGUUGACUGAUUCAUUCCAACUGCAAGGUGCUAUCGGUGUUACCCCAAGAACAUGGAUUUCAGACGUAAUAAUCUAUGUUUCGAUGAAAAAUUAUUUAUGCAGGAAAACUUCUCAGUGGACGAGUUUCUAACAAAGCAUCGUAGAAAAGCCAACUUGGAAACACUAAGAGACGAUCUGGGAGUAUUUCUGAAGAAUCUGCGUUCGUCUACGAUAGAAUUGAUCAAUAGAGAUUACGCUGAUUUCGUCGAUCUAUCUGCCAAUCUAGUAUCGCUUAAUCAGAGCAUCGUCGGAGUAGAAAUACCUGUAACAACUAUCAAAGAUGAAAUAACGCGUUCCAAAACCAUUCUGGAUGAAAAAAUCGCCAAAAUAACCGAUCUCAUAAACCGAAGGAAACUAAUUAGGAAGCAAAUGCAAAGUAUCAAGAGUGUAAUAAAAGUCGAAACUAGUCUCGAAAGGAUCGAAGUACUGCUACAAGAAAUAUCCAAUAAUGAAGAUUACAACGCUAAUAUUCUAUCGCUGGAACGAAUAGUUAACGAGAUAAAUCAAUAUCAUUUUCAUUCGAAGCAAUGCGAUGGAUUUUUAAAUCGGAAUGUUCUUCGCGAUUUUGAAAAAUCACACGAACAAUUCCUCGCAUACCUGAAGGAUAUUUUUCUCGUUGCUAUAAAACAUGAGAAAAAAGGCCUCGUCAAUUGUCUAAGAUUAUAUUUCUCUUUGAAUCAAAUUAAUCUAGCUCACGAAAUAGUUCGAAAGGAAAUCGUUAGUCCUUACUUUUACAAAAUGAUUAACGAAGAAGCUCUUCGAAACGAGCCAUCCGGAUUGGAAGGAUUGUUUUCGAAAAUUUUGAACUUUAUCGAUACUGAUUUGAAAUAUAUUCUACAGCUUACUCAACUAGUUUCCAAAGAUGUUCCUGUCAAAGGAUUUGAUUUCAUGGUUCAUAGUGUUUGGCCUGAAUUAGAAGAACGAUUGGAGUUCAACUUGAAAUCUAUUUAUUCGCAAGGGAAUGCGGAUUCAUUUUUCAAAUGUUACACGAUUACGCUGUCAUUUCUCGAUAAAUUUGAAGAACGGUGCCUCUCGUUGAAAUCAGUCACCACCCUUAGAAGUACCAUCUAUUAUAAGAAUUUCCUUCAGUGCUGGAAUUUAACAUUUUAUUACACAAUGAGAUUCCAAGAAUUGGCUGGAAAAUUAGAAAGAAUAAUUCAUUCGAGUAAAAAUGUGGGGUUAAAUGAAUCGGAUAAUGAUUGGAAAUUGCUAAUCAGUAGCGAAGUUUGGAAUUGUCUUUUGAGAUGUUGGCAGGAAGAUAUAUUUAUUCGUCAGUUAGCUCAUCGGUUUUGGAAGUUCAAUUUACAAAUUAUAUCGAGAUAUACCGUAUGGAUGAGCAAAAUUAUCGAACAAAAAUCAAUUAAUCAAUUACCAACGUCGAGAAUUAACUUUCUAAUUUUCCUACAUACCGAUAGCUCUAAUCUAGUUCAGAGAUUUCCAGUCAUCUAUAACCUAGCUCGAGAUCGAAUAGGUUCCGGUGUUUCGACCGAAAUAUCGGAAAACAUGCAAAAAUGCUUGGAGGAAAAUAAGCAAAACAUAUUGCUCGUACAGAACACAAUCGAGAAAAAAAUAAUAGAUAUAAUAUCGGAGAAAAACGCAUCUGUGAUGAGACAAGUUAGUGAAAUUCCCAGAUUAUACAGACGUACGAAUAGGAACACUCCGACACAACCUUGUUCGUACGUUGCCUCUUUACUUGCCCCUGUUUACGAAUUGCAAAAAGUGCACGGUGAAUAUGUGACUCGAUGGUUUCCUCCUAUAUUGUCUACAGUUACUGCCAUGUAUCACGAACAAGUUUUCGAAGUUCUGACCUCCGUUCAAAGGACAGAAGAAAGUUUACGAAAAUUCAAGAAAAUUCGCGAUCCUUCUAAUAUGGAUUCUAAACAAAAUACAGACGAUGAUAAAAUCAGAUUACAACUUCAAAUCGAUAUUCAACAUUAUUCAGACGCCGUUAAUAAUCUGGUCACCGGUGCGGAAAUAAACAAGAUGAACGAAUUGAAUGAUAUAUUGAAAUCAUUGAAAAGAAAUUAACACAAAAACGUUCGACUCAUUCGGAAUCCGCUCCAAAAAAUAAGUCACAAAAGAGAAAAAAAAAAGGCAGAAAAAUAUAGCUCACCGAUAAGGGACAAGUCUUGACGAGGAUCGAUGUUAUUUUUCUUUGAAAAUUUUUUCGAAUUAGUGGCAACGAAAAUGAAUUCAGUCGGUUGAGUAAAUUGGUUCCAGUUUGUGUAAAUAUACCAUGGAUCAUCUGGUUGAACUUUUGUACUCGUGUUCUGAUCAUCGUCUAAGAUUUCUAUGAUUUCCGAAUGAUUUCUGUGGAUUUGUAAACGUACGAAAUUUUAUCGAUACAUAUAAAUAAAAUAGUGAUGUAAACAUUGUCAAAUAAAACGUUAUUGUUCAAUCGAGCUUUA